GAGCCUGGGCUGCGACUUGAAAGACUUUAGGCAGCAACAGAGUGACCCUGGGGGUGCUCUUGACCGACAGCCGCACCUCCGGCGUCUAGGACCUCCGAGCAGGGAUGCAUCUGGGGGUCUAGGGAAGCACUUCCACCCCCUCCUCUCCUCAACCCUGGCAGGAUGGUUUCCCAGUCCCCUAAAGACAUUCACGGAUGGAUGAGAGGAGCUGACACCUCCCGCUCUGUGACCACUUUCUCUUUGGCCGUGGAGGAAGUCUUGCUGCCCCUGGCUGUGACAUCUGACCCCAGGCCCUUUAAUCAACAACUCCCAGAGCCUCCAGACCCAAGAUGUGUUUUGGAACCUCAGGACAAUCCUGAACUGGCACCUGCCCUGGUGUGUGCCCUUUGCUGCUGCUUUGGAAUCAUCUACUGCUGCUUCAAUGAGGGCAGGCUGUCAGGAGCGCUGGUGAGCUUCCUACUGUGCCACAAGGUGCGGGUGCUGGAGACACAGCUGAGCCUGGAAAUGAGAGUGGGCAUCGCCGUGGUCAUCAUGCUCCUCUGUGGUGUGGUCACCAUGUUGGUUCACUGUGUUGGGCUCUUAUUGACUGGUCUCCUGCUAGGCCUGACCUUGGGUGCCAGAGCCCUGCUGGCUUCUGAGCCUAUCUACCAACCACCUUCAGCCUGGGUGCCAGCUGGGGGGCUGGUGGGGCUGGCACUGCUGGGAGCCCUGCUCACACUUCGGUGGCCACGUCCAUUCACAGUUCUGGGCACAGCCCUGCUGGGUUCUGCAGUGCUUGUGGCCUGUGUUGACUACUUCCUGGAGGGGCUGGCACUGGGCAGUCGGCUGGGCCAACGCCUGCAGACACUUCCAGCCUUGCCUUCUCUCUGCUGAUAUAGCUGGGUCUUACUGGGGAUCUGGCCAGCCUUGGGGACCCUUGGGGCCCUGGCCCAGUGGAAGCUUGUGCCUGAGGAACAUGGAGGCCACGCCAAUGUGGUCUUAAGCCACCAGCAAAACCAUCUCCAACUCCUUCAGACCCUUCAGCAAAAGGCCAAAUGGCACUGGAUCCCCUCUGGGGUGGGGCUUUGUGAGGGCAGCUGUCGGCACCAGCUCCCUGCCAAUACCUGCAGCCCUGCUGACAGUCUCGCUCCAAGUUACUUCCAGAGUCUUCAAGAGUGCCAACUGGGACCAGGACCCCAGGCCACAGCCCCCCACACCGUCCUGGACCUGGAUUCUGACUGUGGUUCCACUGUACCCCUCACCUUAAUCUCUGGUUAACCAGACCUGAGCCUAGACUUCCACUUUUUCCUUCACCCCUGUGAGGGCCUGGGAACACUAGGUGGGCAGGGUUUGAGCCCACAGGACCUGCACACAAACUUCCCCACCUCUUGGACUUGGGGACAGGAUCUGUGCCUCAACCCAGACCAGCCUUGUAGGGAUAUGUUCCAAGAAUAGAGAAGAGUCUUAUGGGGAAGGGGGAGGAAGGGAAGUAUGAAUAUUUACCUCUGACCAAUAAUAGAGGUGCCCUGGUCCCCAAAGAAACUGACUCCCGAAUUCCCUCCAAGCCUUACCCAUAUAGCUUUUUUUUUUUUUUUUUGAGACAAGGUCUUGUUCUGUCCAGUACCGUGGCGUGAUCACAGCUCAUGACAACUUUGAUUUCCCCGGCCCAAGCGAGCCUUUCAUUCAGCCUCCUGAGUGGCUGGGACCACAGACGCCACACACAGCUAAUUUUUAUUUGUUCGUUUUUAUUUUUUUUGCAGAGACAGGGUCUCCCUGUGUUGCCCAAGCUGGUCUUGAACUCCUGGGCUCAAGUGAUCCUCCUGCUUCAGCCUCCCAAAGUGCUAGGAUUACAGCCACCGCACCUGGUCUUGAAAUAGCCUUUUAAAUAUCUACCUCAGUGCCUCACAGUGGUAAAAAUAAGCGUUUUUUUGUUUUGUAGGAUCAGGGAGCUUCCAAGGCAUUUGAUAGCUUUUUGAUGGGAAGAAGGGCUCUGAGGAGCUCCAAGAUACUCCAACCUCCAGGCCCUUCAUUAGAGGGUAGUUGGGUUUCUGUUUGGCCUUUCCCCCUGGGCCCCAUAGGCUUAAACUACCCCGCCACCUCCCCGCACCUCCUACCUCAGCUGGGAGCACUAUCUUCCAUGGUGCUUCCACUUCUCUCCUCAACCUGGGGAAGACCACAGGGCAGUGCCUGCCUCAGGACCUGCCUUCCCCAAAAGCUGGCUUCUUGCUCCAAGGAGAGAGCAUUGGCCCGCCUGCCAGAGUCUUGCCUUUUGCCCAAAAGGAGCCUGGUCUUCAGGGCUGCAUAGGAGACAAGUGCCUUCUCUGCUUCUCACUGUGGGUGGCACUAAUUUCCUCCUUAACCAGAACUUUGUUCCUGCCACUAACCCACUCUAACUCUUCCCCCUCUGACUCUCCUGCCCAAGGUCUGUUCCUGGUUUCCCAGAUGCAUAAAGGAAGACAUAUCCGUCCCCUGGGCAGCAAGGCUACAAUGGGAGGGAGGGAGGGAGAACAUGGGAGCCUGUGAAUAAAAUGGCAUUAAAUACUGAA